GAGUAAGGGUAGUUUCGGAAUUCGGGAUUACAAGUUUUUUCAAAGGGGACGAUCGAUCCAACAAAGACAGAGUUGAGUGCAAAACCAGAUCUUUCUCUCCUUGUCCUUCUCCCGAUCUUCUUCACACCUCAAAAGAGAAGAUCCAAGUAAAUUAAAAGAAUCCCAAGGAAGAGGAAGGUGAUGUUUUCUCUAAUGCAUGGACUCUGGACUUACAUGUUCAGCAAGACUGAGUUCCAUGUCCUCAUUCUUGGUAUCGACAAAGCUGGCAAAACGACGUUUUUGGAGAAACUGAAGACGAUUUACUCAAUCUCUGAAGGUCUUCCACAUGAUCGUAUUGUUCCUACUGUUGGCCUUAACAUCGGUCGUAUUGAAGUCGCCAAUGCUAAAAUCGUCUUCUGGGACCUUGGUGGUCAGCCUGGUUUGCGUUCGAUUUGGGAGAAGUAUUAUGAAGAAGCACACGCAUUGAUAUAUUUGAUCGACGCAGCUUGCCCAUCUCGCUUUGAAGACUCAAAAUCUGCUCUAGAGAAAGCCCUGCGGCAUGAGGAUUUGCAAGGAGCGCCUCUUUUGAUAUUGGCAAACAAGCAAGAUCUCCCAAAUGCUGUCUCGGCUGAGGAGCUAGACCGAUACCUGGAUCUCAAGAAACUAGACGAAAGGGUGUACAUGUUUGAAGCAGCUUCUGGAUAUGAUGGGCGAGGAAUCAAAGAGAGCAUAGAAUGGCUGGUGGGAGUGAUGGAGAGAAGCAAAAGAACCGAAACAUUAAGAGCCCGUGCAGGAUAUGUUCCUGUCCCAACUUCCUAGACUUGAAAGGAGUGUUCGCAAACUCAAUUCUCAAACCAACUGUUUUCUGUCAGAAACAUUUGUAGAUAAAAAAAAAAAAGUGGACCAGAAUCGUGCAUUGUUUUGUGUUAGCACAUGAUAAGUAGGGCUAGUAAUAUCCUUAUUAUAUUUGCCUUUACAUCC